AUGGAAGAUACAUCGAUUGUUUAUGGUACAGAAAAGAAGAAUUUAUACGUUCAAUGCAAAAGGCUGAAAUUGUGGGCAAAUAGGAAAAAGAAGUCUCUUGGUUUAUUUUUAUGCUGUGCUCUUAAAAGAAAUAUUGAUUCUAGAAAUAAAAAAGAUUAUAUUCAACAACAACAACAACAACAACAAUCAAAAGAAGAUGAUCAAGUGACAAAUGAAGAAGAAGAAGAGGUUAUAUUAGAAAAGCUACCAAAGAGCGAAGAUAACAUUUAUCUAUUGCAACCUGUUAGAAAAGAAUAUCAUGGGAAAAAGUGUCUUGUGUUGGACCUUGACGAAACGCUUGUACACAGUUCAUUCAAAACUGUAUCGCAAGCAGAUUUUAUUGUACCAAUCGAAAUUGAAGGUCAUAAACACAAUGUAUUUGUCCUCAAGAGACCAGGCGUAGAUGAAUUCAUGAAACGUAUGGGCGAACUGUAUGAGAUUGUCGUUUUUACUGCUAGCCUGUCCAAGUAUGCAGAUCCUGUACUAGAUAGAUUUGAUUUACAUAAUGUCAUUCAGCAUCGUUUAUUCCGUGAAGCAUGUUGUGACUAUAAAGAAGGCUUUGUUAAGGAUUUAUCUAAACUGGGGCGUGAUCUUAAGCAUGUUAUUAUCCUAGAUAAUACGCCAACAAGUUAUAGUCUUCAUCCCUCUAAUGCUAUACCAGUUUCAACUUGGUUUAAUGAUCAACAUGAUUCCGAGCUGACAGAUCUAAUUCCUUUUCUUGAAGAUCUUGCCAAAGUCGAAAAUGUAGCUGAAGUAUUAAAUGUAUCUUUUAUUUAA